GCCAGUACAGUGCGCCCGACGUAUUAGAUAGUAUCGAGUGUAUUCUCGUUUCCGAGUUUAUUCACAGAAGAGAAUUUGUCAUAGACAUUUGACAAUACUGGUGAUAGCGGUUAAUUAUCAUCGAAUACCAAGCGUCUAACGAUAUUUGACGAAAAGAAAGGCCAAACUAUUGGAAACCUAUCGGGGAUCAUCUUCUUGAAGAAAAACAUCUAUAAAUAAAUACAGAUAUCACCAUGCCUAUUGAUCUGAGAAGCGUUUUGAUCAGCGACGCUGUCGACGAUGCUUGCGUCCAGCUUCUCACCAGUCAUGGAGUACCGGUUACGACCAAGUAUAAAAUGUCCAAGGAAGAACUCAUACAGGAGAUUAAGAAACACGAUGGACUGAUCGUUCGAUCCGAUACUAAAGUUACCGCGGAGGUUUUAGCGGCCACAUCUGGUCUCCGAAUUGUCGGUCGGGCUGGUACCGGCGUCGACAACAUCGAUCUUGCAGCCGCAACUCGCAAAGGAGUCGUUGUUGUGAACACCCCUGGAGGAAACAGCAUAAGUGCUUGCGAAUUGACUUGUGCGUUGAUAUCGUCUUUGGCACGAAAUGUUGCACAGGCUGCUCAAUCUUUAAGGGAGGGUCGUUGGGACCGUAAAUUAUACUCUGGAUUUGAACUGUCUGGAAAAACCCUCGCGGUUCUGGGGCUCGGACGUAUCGGCCGUGAAGUUUCUAUUAGGAUGCAGUCCUAUGGUAUGAAAGUAAUCGGAUUCGAUCCAAUGAUGUCAGUUGAAGCAGCUAGAGAGUUCGGUGUUACCAAAUUGGAAUUGGAUCAGAUCUGGCCACUUGCUGAUUACAUCACAGUUCACACACCACUCAUACCUCAAACUAGAAAUUUGAUAAAUGCCGCGACUCUUGCGAAAAGUAAAAAAGGGGUGCGUAUCGUGAAUGUUGCACGAGGCGGUAUCGUCGAUGAGGAAGCCCUUCUCGAGUCUUUGAAAUCUGGACACUGUGGAGGAGCUGGACUCGACGUUUUCGUCGAAGAGCCUCCAAAGAAUCCUAUUACCUUAGAGCUUAUUCAACAUCCCAAAGUUAUCGCCACUCCACAUUUGGGUGCAAGUACAGCGGAGGCGCAGCAGCGGGUGGCUGUCGAGAUAGCUGAACAGUUUUUAGCUCUUUCUGGAAAAUCGACCGCGUAUUCGGUGACUGGUAUCGUUAACGCACCAGUUCUGGUAGCAGCGUUGUCGGACGUAAAUGCACCCUGGAUAAACGUGGCCAAGAAACUUGGUCAGUUAGGAAGUAAAUUCGUAAAGGGGACAGAGGGAAUUAGUAUUGAAAGCCAGACCGUUGGAAACGGCAUGGAGAAGAAAAAGUUCGUUCACACCGCAGUUUUGGUCGGAAUUCUAAGUGGGCAAACAAAAAAUGGAUUGAAUCUUGUUAACGCGCCCGUUCUAGCCCAAGACAUCGGAGUCAGUAUCAAAGAAAGUCAUACCGCAGGCGAAGACGCAGUUAUCGUAAAGGUCGGCCAGCACCAAGUCAAAGGCACUGUACGUGGAGCAAACGAGCCUCUGCUUCUGUCAAUUGACGAUGCCGUUUUCCCAAACGGCGUUGUUCUUCAUGAAAAUCUUUCACUGUACCGCGGAAACGGACCCAGCGAUCUUACGAACAUUGUAACGACCCUUGCGGCCAAGGGCGUUCAAAUCCAGAGCCUCAACACAACGGACAAAUGGUUCGCAAUCCAAACGAACCAGGAAAUCACAGUACCUGUUCAGGGUGUCGAGAGCUUUUGAAGUUUCAUAUUUUCCGCAGUAUCGGUAUGCUCAAAAAUCGCAGGAUAACCGCCGCAAAAAAAAUUAUUACGGCACCUUGUGAAUUUUAUAUUGAUUCAGUAUUGCAAAGCUCAUAUUUGGCCGUUGCUUAUAGUAUGUUGAAAUAACGACGUUAUGUUUUCCAUGUUUCAAAAAGGCGGAGACUCUAACUAAGAUCAGAUUCCACCAUUAUUCAUGGAUCAUGAAUAUCACUUUACGCUGACUCAUAUUUAUCUCUGGUAGAGCCAAGAAACUUUUGUCGACGAUUAUCAUAGUCCUACGGUUCUGUUAUUUAUAGACUAGUUUAGGAAAAAAAAACAUCUCUUCAAUUAGUAUAAUAAAUAAUUGUUCACUUAGCAUAUAAGUCUGCCAUUAAAUUUUCUGUACUGUUUUAUAUAUUUAGAAAUUUAUACGUAUAGCAAAUAAAUAUCACGUAAAUUGUUUAA